UCCCACACAAACACUUCCUUUUAUCAUUCCUUUUCUACACUAUCAACACAUUUCUACUUGUUCUGAGGAAACCCAGUUAACAAACAAUGGCUGCUGCUUCCCCCAUGGCCAGCCAACUGAAGAGCAACUUUACCACCCCCCUUACAAGAGGACUUCUCUCUCCCAAGGGUAUCUCUGGAACUCCUUUGAGGGUAUUGCCUUCCAAGAGAAAGCCUUGCUUCAGCAUCAAAGCUGUCCAGGCAGAAAAGCCAACAUACCAAGUGAUUCAACCAAUUAAUGGAGAUCCAUUCAUUGGAAGCUUGGAGACUCCAGUAACAUCAAGUCCUUUGAUUGCUUGGUACCUUUCCAACCUGCCAGCUUAUCGGACGGCAGUGAACCCACUUCUAAGAGGUGUUGAAGUGGGCUUGGCCCAUGGGUUUCUCUUGGUUGGGCCUUUUGUUAAGACUGGACCUUUGAGGAACACUGAAUAUGCAGGAGCAGCUGGGUCUCUUGCAGCAGCAGGACUUGUUAUUAUAUUAAGCAUGUGCUUGACAAUCUAUGGAGUUGCUUCAUUCAACGAAGGAGAGCCUUCAAUUGCUCCCUCAUUAACCUUGACAGGAAGGAAGAAGGAACCUGAUCAGUUACAAACUGCUGAUGGGUGGGCCAAGUUCACUGGAGGGUUCUUCUUUGGUGGAAUUUCUGGUGUCACCUGGGCUUACUUCCUUCUCUACGUUCUAAACCUGCCUUACUACGUUAAGUAGAUUUUUUUUAAUUUUAUUAUUAAUAUGUUGAUUUGGUGAUUCGACUCUCUCUUUGUUGUAUGUUUUUAUUUGGAGAGUAAGGAAAUGGAAAAUUGUAUAUUUGAUGAUUGCAUAAUUAGAUGACAAUUAAGUAUU